AUGAACGCGUCGGAUGCCGAGCGUCUCCGAACGCAAGUCGCCCAGCUUGAGUUCGAGCUCCAAACUGCCAAACUUCUCUUAAAGACCGUUGAAGCGCGAAGCGCUGACCAUUUGCCCAAUGUCGAUGUCCAUCAGGCCACGAGGCCGAAGAACAACUAUUUUGCCGUUCCAGUCUCUCUGCCGCUGGGACCAUCGGUUCACAACUUGAUGCUCCUCUCCGACUCGGCACUACCUUUGGGAUCUUUCGCCUACUCCAGCGGCCUGGAGUCGUUCUUGGCUCACCACAAACCACUCCCUGAAGGAGGUACUGUCCUGUCCCUGUUCGACAAGUUCCUGAAGCUAUCUAUCCAGUCGGUCGCUCAUACGAACGUACCAUACGUACUGGCCGCUUUCCGAGAUCCUCUAUCGCUGAUGGACCUAGACAACGAUCUUGAUGCUUCGACCCCGUGCACAGUUGCAAGACGAGCGAGCAUUGCCCAAGGGAGAGCUCUGCUAAGUAUAUGGGAGAGAGCCUUGACCAAAACAGCCAGGCAACAAUUCUUGGACAAUGGUCUCGAGGCGGCCACCUGUGUCGACACCUUUGCUACAGAUCUGAAAAUCGCAGCUCUGUCACAAGACUCAGUGACUGUCAACGGUCACCUGGCUCCUAUCUGGGGAGCCGUGUGUCUAGCCCUCGGCCUGAAUUUGGAAGAAGCAGGCUAUCUUUUCUUGCUAAAUCAUGCGAAAGCGGUCCUCAGUGCAGCUGUGCGAGCUUCGGUGAUGGGACCGUACAUGUCUAAUUCAAUAUUGGCCUCGCAAUCACUACAAGAUCUGGUGAAGGAGAGCCUCGAAUUGGUCUGGUUCCUACAGCCGGAGGAUGCUGGCCAAGUGGUUCCUUCGCUAGAUCUAUGGGUCGGUCGACACGAGAUGCUCUACAGCCGUAUCUUCAAUUCCUGA